UGAGUGGCUUUUCUACUUUUGUCGCACACUGAGAGGGAGCUGUGUGACUUUAAUCAGCCUCGGUUCACUCCUCGGGUCAGGACCUCCUCUGUCUAUCUGAUAGCAGGAGUCACACUGAGGAUUUACACAGGGAUCAGGUCAGACUUGGACUGGGUGUGUGGAGUGGAGGUGGACCAGAGAGUGGGACAAACACCAGCAGCACCAGUUUCCCACGGACUCCAAGAGGGCGGGGGUUGGAUGUGUUGUGUUUUUUGAAGGGGUAGCCUACCACACAUACACACACAUACACAAAUACACACACCCCUCCUGAGCAGCAUCCUGAGCAGCAGGUCUUGUAGUCAUUUCCACUUUACUCAUCAGACACAGUUGAGCAGCAGCAGCACUGUGAAGGCGACCGGAGCCUAAAAUGCCGAGCAAGAGCCAGUAUCUGCGCCCCCGGCUGUGCACGCUGGAGAAGGGGGACAACGGCUACGGCUUCCACCUCCACGGGGAGAAAGGUAAGACCGGGCAGUUCAUCCGGUUAGUGGAGCCCGACAGCCCGGCUGAGACCUCGGGACUCCGCGCCGGAGACCGGCUGGUGUUCGUGAACGGGGAGGAGGUGGAGAACGAGAGCCACCAGCAGGUCGUGUCCCGGAUACGAGCCACAGUGGGCCGGCUGGAGCUCGUCGUGGUGGACCCGGACACGGAGCAGCUGCUGAAGAAACACAACAUGAAGUGUCUGAAGGAGUAUGUCAGCGACGGCAUCCCGUUACCUUUCGACGAUGAGGAGGAGGUGGAGGCGGAGGAGGAGGAAAGAGAGGAGGUGGUGGUGGUGAAGGAGCAGGACGGGGACGGGGACGGGACUGUGAACGGGGAUGAGAGGCACGCCAAGCGGGCUGAGGAGGUGGAGGAGCAGGGGGAGGAGGAGCGGGAGGAGACACCCAGGGAGUCCACGCCGGUGCCGGAGAGUAACGGAGAGAUCCACGUGCACGUGGAGAAGAAGCUGAGCAUCAACUCUGAGAAGGAGGUAUUGUGCGCUGAGCUGCGGCCACGUCUCUGCGUGAUCCAGCGAGGGUCAAACGGAUAUGGCUUCAACCUACACAGUGAGCGGGCGCGGCCGGGGCAGUAUAUCAGAGCUGUGGAUGAGGACUCUCCAGCAGAGAGGGCAGGCCUGCUGGCCAAGGACAGGAUAGUGCAGGUGAACGGUCAGCCAAUAGAAGGGAAGACACAUUCAGAAGUCGUGGCCGCCAUUAAAGCAGGAGGGAGAGAGGUACAUCUGCUGGUGGUGGACCCCGACACAGACGCCUUCUUCAAGAAAUGCAGAGUGGCCCCCACCUCGGACCACCUCACCGGUCCACUGCCUGAGCCUGCCAUUAAUGGAGGAAUGGAGGAGAAGGUGAACGGCAGAAAAGCCAAAGAGGCAGAGAGGGACUCAAAGCUGUCAGUCAGUCCGUCUCCAUCCAAUGCCUCGUCCAGCACCUCGCUCACGACCCCGCCUGCAAACACCCCACCUGAGGGUUUUAUCGCAGACGCCAUCCCAGCACUCAACCUGUCCCUGCAGCAGGUCAAAGAGCUCGCCCACCAGAAACGCUCCAACAAGAGAGCCCCGCCCAUGGACUGGACCAAGAAAAAUGAACUCUUCAGCAACCUAUAGGGCACCUCACUGCACCUCACACACACACACACACACACACACACACACAUAGAUUUAUAGUGAGACGUCAGAAAGAUAUUUUUUACUGUCAUGAAAUUAAAACCUUAACUACUGGCACCAGACAAAUCAAGCCAACCUGUAAAAUAUAGUCCUCCUAUUAUUAUUACUCUUCAUUUUAUUAUAACCCAGACGUUAUAUAUAAAUAAAAUGUAUAAUGUGCUACUAACAAUGACAGAUGCAUAUGCCAAUGACAGAGAACUGGACCGUGUUGAAAGUAUGUGUGUAUGUGUAUCUAUCCUCUGUGUGUGUGUGUGUGUGUGUGUGUGUGUGUGUGUGUGUGUGUGUGUGUGUGUGUGGACCCUGACAGUCCCUGCUGGCCAGAGUCUGGUGCCUGUGGAAAUGAGGAGGAGUUGACCUAAUGACCCUUCUCCUCCUCCUCUUCUUCCUCCGUCUGCUCAUCUGUCCUUUAAAAGUUUCUACUAACAUUUAAUACAUCAGUGUCUUCAACAGCAGGAGUGAAACUAGCCCGACAAUCAGUUCAUCACAUACGUUUAGUGUCUUUUUAUGAGUUUGUAGGGAUCAAACAUCUGACUGAACAGUGAGGUUUUAUUUGUGUAGAUGACACUUUACAUGUUAAAGCCCUUUUUUCAAUUUUAAGAAAGUAUAUGAUCCCAAAAUAAGUUAACCACCAUUGCUUUCCUCAUAUCCUGAUGUGACCUUCCUUACUGUUGGCUUUAAACUGGAAAGAACUGUGUUUUAAAGAUGGUUCUCUUAUAUUGUAUGUAUAUAAAUAUAUAUAUAAAUAUAUCAUAUCAUAUGUAUAUUUUUACAUUUGACAAAUUCUGAAAAUACCUGUCCGUUUCUUGCUACAAAACUGUCCAGCAUUUAUCCAUACUCUGUCUGAAUCUAUGAUAUCAUUUUUAAUUAAAUGUGAACUUCAGUUUAUUCUGAGUAACUUAUACCGUCCUCACUUCUUCACUUCAUGUCCGCUUCAGUUCACAUUUUUGAGCAUAAAAUGGAAUAUUUUUAUUGCUCCUGAAGGAAUGAGAUUUUUACAGGUUUCUAUCAAUGUCUUCGAAACAAUAAUUAUGUAACUUUGAGAUGAUGUAUUUCUAAGACAAUGUCUGUGCUUCACUAGAUUUUAUGCAUUUGUCCAGUGAAGAAUAGUGAUGAUUUUUCAAACUGAAUGAUUGAAUUAUAUGAAGGUUUUUUUUGUAGCUUGUGUAAGAAUAAGCGAUUUCUAUACUGUAAUAAAUCAGUCAUCACAGCAA